AGGGUCAGGUGGCCCGGCGAGCGGAGGCGGCCGUGAGGAGUGCGUGGGCUAGGGUCCCGGACCGAGAAACCAUGGCCCCGCAGAACCUGGGCACCUUCUGCCUGUUGCUGCUGUACCUCAUCGGAACCGUGAUCGCCGGGCGAGAUUUCUAUAAGAUCUUGGGGGUGCCUCGCAGUGCCUCUAUAAAGGAUAUUAAAAAAGCCUAUAGAAAACUAGCUCUGCAGCUUCAUCCAGACCGGAACCCUGAUGAUCCACGAGCUCAGGAGAAAUUCCAGGAUCUGGGUGCUGCUUAUGAGGUUCUGUCAGAUAGUGAGAAACGGAAACAGUAUGAUGCUUAUGGGGAAGAGGGAUUGAAAGAUGGCCAUCAGAGCUCCCAUGGAGACAUUUUUUCACACUUCUUCGGAGAUUUUGGUUUCAUGUUUGGCGGAGCGCCACGUCAGCAAGACAGAAAUAUUCCAAGAGGAAGUGAUAUUAUUGUAGAUCUAGAAGUCACUUUGGAAGAAGUAUAUGCUGGGAAUUUUGUGGAAGUGGUUCGAAACAAACCUGUGGCGAGACAGGCGCCGGGAAAACGGAAAUGCAACUGCCGGCAGGAGAUGAGAACCACGCAGCUGGGCCCUGGGCGCUUCCAGAUGACGCAGGAGGUGGUGUGCGACGAGUGCCCCAAUGUCAAACUAGUGAAUGAAGAACGAACACUGGAAGUGGAAAUAGAGCCUGGAGUGAGAGAUGGCAUGGAGUACCCCUUCAUUGGAGAAGGUGAGCCUCACGUGGACGGGGAACCAGGAGACUUACGGUUCCGAAUCAGAGUUGUCAAGCACCCGAUAUUUGAAAGGCGAGGAGAUGAUUUGUACACAAAUGUGACAAUCUCACUGGUUGAGUCCUUGGUUGGAUUUGAGAUGGAUAUUACUCACUUGGAUGGUCACAAGGUACAUAUUUCCCGGGAUAAGAUCACCAGGCCAGGAGCCAAGCUAUGGAAGAAAGGGGAAGGGCUCCCUAACUUUGACAACAACAACAUUAAGGGCUCUUUGAUAAUCACAUUUGAUGUGGAUUUUCCAAAAGAACAGUUAACAGAAGAAGCAAGAGAAGGUAUCAAACAACUACUUAAGCAAGGAUCAGUGCAGAAGGUAUACAAUGGACUGCAAGGCUAUUAAGAGCGAAUAAAUUUGGACUUUGUUUCAAAUAAGUGAAUCGGCGAUAUUUAUUAUCUGCAGGAUUUGUGUGUGUGUGUUGUUUUAUUUUCAAUAAGCAAGUUUGACUUAAUUUUUUUUUCCUAAUGAUCGUCCGGAAAUGAAUACGAAAGCGUAAGAACUUGCCCAUUUGCAUUCAGAAAAGAAUGGCCAGCAGAAGGUUUGAUAAUACCUCGCCCUUCGGGGAUUUACUGUCUGGUGCUGCUGCCUGAGUUUCAAUUAAAGCCACAAGAGGACUCCAGGAACAAAAGAAACACAAUCCGGAAGGUUAACAUUAACUGUGAGCUAUGUCGCUCAGAUUGCCAACUUGAGAAGUAUGUUUUUAAAUACAUUUUGUUGUUACUUUUU